CUCUAAUACGACAGCGUUUCUCUUGAGCGUUUCUGUGUAUGUCGCUGAGCUCAGCUCGUUGAUCAUCGUGCAGAAGCUUGUUCCUUGGACUCCUAGAAGAAGAAGAUGGUGCGGAAACAGUUUCAACAGGCUAAGACAGGAGUAGAGGCCUUGAAGGCAAUGGAUGCAAACAAGUACCUGAAGAAGGUUGGAUUAGGGCGUGACGAUAUGUUCUUUUGGAAACAAGUGGGGAAAGCUUUGCUAUGCACCUACACAGUCUUUGGCAUGGCGUGGCUAUACAACGAAACUUCUCCUUUAGGGUGGUGGACGUUGAAGCCGAGACCAAAGGAGGAGAGAGAGUUGGCGCAUUUGUAUGAGCGGCGUGAGUUUCCUUAUCCAGGUGAUACGGAGGCUAUGGAGGAUUUUGUUGCGAAGGGAGGAAUGAUUGGUACUGCUAUUGGGCCUAAAGGGAUUGUUGAGUCUGAAGGUGAAGCUGAUAAUUACCAGAAGGAGAUGGAGAAGAAGAAGUUUGAUAAAGAGGCUCAGAAACUGUGGUUGCGGAUGAGGAAUGAGGUUAUGACUGAACUUCAAGAGAAAGGGUAUGAUCUUGAGUAAGGUAUAAAAAGAGUUGUGAUCAAAUAAAACUUGUGUAAUUUAGGCUGUGUGUAGGUUCAAACCAUUGGUUCAAGUAUCUCUACCAACAUCUUAUUAGAUUUUAGAGGAAAGUACAAAACUUUAUAUGACCCAUUUGUGUUCUACGGUGCCAUUGAUGUUCUUGGUCUUGUGAUGUAGCUUUUGUCCUUUGUUGCUGACUUGAUUCAUCUUUUGGCUUAAACCCUUUGGAAUAUUACUUGAUGCUAUAUGCACUCGUCAAAGUUAUUCAAUACCUUGAGCUUGAAACUAUUGUUUUUAUUAGUCUAGGGACUGUUGUAUUGAUCCCCAACACAAGU